AUGCGCAGCUACCAUUUGUGUAGCUCCCCUGCUCCAAGAGAUUGUGUUGAUAUCGAGGGCAGAUUCUGCAUCGGGCAGGGAGAGAUCGCGGGAUCGCGCAGGAAGGCGACAUGCUCAAUUGGUGUAGGCGCGAGAGGGCUACGAUGGCGUGUGAUGCGGCAGCGCUCCUCCGCGCCGCUUCUUUUUCUUCCUUUUGGUUGUUUUCCUCCUUCCCGUCGGCCCUUGCCCUCGGGUGGAGGUUUCGAAUCGCUGCCUUCGCGAUUGAUGAUGGACAGCCACACGUGGGGGCGCGUUCCGGAGAGGGAAUCCACAAGGAUGAGCUCCUGUGCGACGUCAACAACCACAGCUCUCUUUUCUCCACCCCUUCCGCUGUUUAAAGUCACUGGAAGGAUCGCGGCGGUUGGGUUUUGUUCGUGCGAAUCCGCGCGGUGGGGGGGGCUGCUGUGGGGUUUGGGCAGGCGGGAUCACCGUGGCGUCGCGACGGGCGGGCGUCUUUUCACCGCGCGGCGCCACGCGAGCGGCGUCGGGGGGCGGCCGACCCAUCAGGAGAUCGCGGAGGACCUCGUCGUGCUCGGCCUUGCCGGCCAAAUCGACUUUUCCGAGGCGGCUCUGAAGAAGCGCUAUCACGAGUUGGUGCGCAACCACCACCCCGACGCCGGCGGCGACGAGCGCGCGAUGGUGCGGAUUACCAUCGCGUACAACCGCCUCAAGCGGCUCACCCCUGCCGAAAAGGAGGAGUUCGCGCAGCAUCAGCGGGCGUUUCGCGGCGCCUCUUCUUCUUCUUCUGCUUUUUCCUCCUCCACCUCGACGUCGUCGUCGUCUGCGAAGGGAUUUCGCGCGAGGCAGGGGUGGAGUUACGCCGCGGGGAGCCCUCACUCCGAUCCGUUCGAGCGUCCUGACAGCGCGGGCGACGCCUACCCCCAACGCGGCGCGACCCCCCUUCGCGGUGAGGAUUUUUGGCGCCACUACCAACGCCACUACCAGCGCAUGCAACGGGAGUUUCAACAGUCAUCCGGCGGCGGCGCCUUCUCCGAGAACCCGUUUGCGUAUCGCAACUCCCUUCAUAUGUUUCCGCAUCUCCGACGGGUGCGGGCGCCACGGCUCACGACGCUGCUCCUCCACGCCCUUGUGAUCUACAUUUUCCUCGUGCUGCUCUUCGCGGCGUGGCGGGAGCGGCGGGAGGAGAACGGCUGGCGCGUCGCCGAGCACCUCGCGCGAUACGAACAGCUCCAGGCCCUCCAUCAACUCCGCGCAGGGUGGUCGGAGGAAGGGGGGGAGAGGGAAAGGGAAAGAGAGGAGGGGAGGGAGGGGCCGUACGCGCGGGAGCUGCGCGCCCUGGCGUACGCGCGGCAACGCCAGCUCGCGGUGGAAUUGCCCCGCAGCGAUGGAUGGCCUACGAUCACCGCCGCGGAGGGGCGGGUGGUGUGGGAUCCGCAGGAUCCACCGGGGGUUUUGUCGUACGAGCCCCCUGCCUCCGUGUGGGUGGAGGAGAGGGAGGGGGAGGGCAAGGGCUACCCGCCAGCGCCGCAACCUCCUCUGUCGCAGAGGGGGGACAACGUCCUCCCCACUGAGGCGGCGGCAAGCACGCGGCGGUAUGCGCAAGAUGUCAUAAAUGAGAUUUUCGGCGCGGCGAAGGUGGCUUCGAAGUCGAAUGCGGCAUGA